GUACUGACUGACCUCCUUCUCUCAACAUCAACCAAUCGUUACCACAUUAACAAAACUUCCCUCUCAAAAACUGUUAAAUCUACGACAAAAUGCUCAAAACCCUCUCGUUAAUCCUAUGCCUCCUAACAACUGCCACUCAAAUCUCGGCGGCCACUGAACGUUUCCAAGACUCGGACCGCUACAAGGACAACGAAGCCGAAGUCUUUCAUCAUGGCCAAGUACAGACUUCAGACACGGCCACGAUCGAGGAGCUUUACAAGCACGGACUUCUCGAUAAGCACCGCGAGCGGCCCGUUCAUGAAGCCCACGGUAAGCCGCGGCCUACUAAGUACCCGCGGCCGGGACUUGACGGUGGACUUCGCGGGAAGUACGCUCUGGGGACGCCGCCAAACGCUCACAAAAUAACGCUCAUGAAGACCUACUAUGAUCCGAUCACUAAUCAGCCUUACAUGUACGUGAUGAGAAAACGUCCCUCACCCCACCUACAAGACACCGAUGACUCUUUCUUCAGCACGGCCUCCAAACUGAUCAGCACUUUCCUGGGCCCUGACGAGAAGUACAAGCCCCGGAUGUCGUCGCCGGGAGGACGGGGGAUGAAGAUGGCGGGAGUAGUUGCUCCCCCCAAACGAGUGCCAAGGUCACUCAAAUCGAUCGCAGAUUUGCAUCAGCAGUCGUUCAACUCUGUCGAUAAUGUGCAGCGGAUCAGGACGUUGCAAGAGUUAUCUCAACACCAGUCCUACCAGAGCCUACACAACAAAGCCACAACUUACAACAACCAGGAAAACGAAGUGGACAAUGAAGAGGAAGAAGUCGCAAACAGUCAAACAACCAACAAUGAACAGGUCAACCACCAAGAUAACAGCACAGAUGAAAACAACAUGUCAUCGUUGGAGGAAAGUUUGAAAAUCGUCCAGCGACUUGUCACAAAAUGUGGACACAACUUUUUGUCGCCCAAAGAUAACGCGACAGAAAUUUACAACAAAAUCAAGGGCUGCGUACAGAGGCAUGUGUUGAAGGCUUUCGAUAGGAUGCUGAAUAGUGACUACAUACCGCUCAGUGAUGGGGUGAUUCUAGUCAGAGACAAGGACUUCAAGAUUUCUAACUAUACUGGCAGGUCAGAAACAAUGUCGGAAUCUUUCAUCGCAGCUGUCAGUGAGAGAAUGUUCACGCUCUUGCAAUCCCACUCUUUACAACUGAGACUGUGGGACAGCUCACAAGUUGAAGAGGGCCGCCGCCGCCACCAAUACCGCAAGGCGUUUCCGAUGAUGGUAGCCGGCUACAUGAUGCUGUCCGCCUUCCUGGUGCCCCUCGGCUUCCAGUUCAUGGCGAUGAUCGGCGGCAAGGCGCUUCUGCUCUCCAAGAUGGCGCUCAUGAUGUCCAUGCUGGGCGGAUUCAAGAAGCUGUUGUCGCCGGAUCCCAUCUACCACCUGCCGGCCGCUGCGCCCUCCUUCGAGCACGCCUCCCUAGGCUGGCAUAGAAGUACACGCGAGCCAGCCAUCACACAGGCGUUCGCCAAGACCGGCGGCCACGGGAACAGCCAGUGGACCGAUCCCAAAACGUACUCGUUGUUGAGAUAA